AUGACAUUUGUCACUCCUACGGAGAGUUCGUUUCACUUUUCAUGUAUUUCAGUUCAGGAGACUUUUGACGCUUUAAACCAACUUAAUUCAAGGAAAUCACCAGGACUGGACGGCAUAAGUGUAAAACUAUUAAAAGAUACAAGCGAUGUUAUCGCGCAACCAUUAGCCAACAUCUUUAAUCUAUCUCUUCAGACUGCAAUUUUUCCGGACGAGUGGAAAAUCGCCAAGGUAUCACCAGUCUUUAAAGAAGGGAAUAAAACUGAUUGCGGAAAUUGUAGACCAAUCUCUGUAAUUUCUGUGGUUGCUAAGCUGUUUGAAGGGCUAGUGUACAAUCAAUUGAGAACGUUUAUUGCCGACAAUAGCAUUCUUGUAGAGCAACAGUCCGGUUUUCAUUCACAACACUCUACUGAGACGGCACUCUUAGGUUCGACAAAUGAGUGGUUAUAUAACAUGGACAGUGGCUUAAUCAAUGGAGUCCUGUUCUUGAACUUGAAAAAAGCUUUUGACACUGUCGACCAUGAAAUCUUAUUAAUUAAAGAAACUUCACCUAUACGGCAGAAAAGGAACUACUUACGCAUG